AGUCUGCAAGCCUGCCAGCCUGCCAGCCAGUCUGCUGCAAUCCGGUUCUUUCUUUGAUUUGCUCUGCUUGCAUCUGAUUGAUCGACAGACUGAUCGACUGACCGACUGACCGUUUGACCGGCCGAUCGAACCGCCUCUGGUGUUCCGACCUGUCUGCCUGCCCGGCCCAGCCAACAAAACAGCAAACAAACAACUCAGAGCAAUGUCAAUCAAUGCCACCCCGAUCCAUCAAGACUGGACACGCCCUGAGCUGAACACGCAGAAGAGACAAGGGGACCAGAAAUGAUCACCGACUAGAGUUAAGCCAGACAGCCAUCCAACCAGCCAACCAACCGCACCAGCGGGCCAGGCCGAAUCGAGACUAUGCCAUCGCUUGAUGAGUCAGACCGCGCAGCAGAGAUCACCACCGCCGUCUCCACCGGCAGCAAAAGCACAUCAGCCUCCACCACCACCACCACCAAUACCAAACCCGUUACAACCACCCCCGUCGUGCCUGGCAGCAGCAUAGACAUCGACGACUUUGCCUGUGUCGACGGCAGCGAGAGCGACGCCGACCCCGACGACUACGACAGCGACGGCACCGCCCACGACGUCACCUCGCUGUCCCCGGGCUGCUGCUCGCGCUUCGCCGCCCUCACAGGCCUCGACAUCAACGAGAUCAAGCGGGAGCUGGCCGCCCACAACAACAGGCACGGCAGCUCCUCUGACGGCUGCCCUGACCCGCCAAAACACCGCUGCCACGGCCCCCGCUCCGCCUUCGAGGGCGCCGACCACGCCCACCUGCAGUACAUCGAGAAGAAGGCCAUGGCCCUGAACCGCGUCGAUGGGCCCGACGACCUCUACGUCGGCGGCGUCUUUGCCCUGCGCCGCCCCGGCGCCAUGGAGGGCAAGGCCAUCACCCACAUCCUCAGCAUGAUCAAGUACAGCUUUGUCGACUGGCAAGGCUUCGACGACCACUACGUCCACCUGAGCAUAGACGUCGACGACGUCGAGGACGAGGACCUGCUGGUGCACCUGCCCCGCGCCGUGAGGUUUAUCGACAGGGGCUUACGCGGUGGGGACGGGCCCUGGCCGCAGGGCACUACCCUGCCGGGGACGAGGCGGAGGAAGGGGGGAGGAGACGGGGGUGAGCAGGACGGCGCUGCCGUGGACAAGGGCGGCGACCAGCAGCAGCAGCAGCAGCAGCAGGAAAAGCCCAGGACAGAAUCAUUACCAGAGGCGCAGAUGCGCAACCUCUCGCUACAGGAGCACGCGCCCGCCCCCGCCGACCCAUCAAAACCAGGCGCCGUCUUCGUCCACUGCGCAAUGGGCAAGUCGCGAUCCGUCACCGCCGUCCUGGCAUAUCUGCUCUGGAAGUACCCGCACCGCUACGGGCUCACGCCCUCCAUGCUGGCCCUGCACAGCCGCGGGGGGCCCGACGCCGAGACGGCCCGCGGGGCCGUGCAGGCGUCGCUGGACUGGGUGCGCCGGACGCGCGAGAUCGCCGAGCCGAACCCGGGGUUCAUGCAGCAGCUCGAGAUGUGGGUCAUGAUGAAGAUGCCCACGUCCGGGGGGGACGCCGCCGUCGAGAAGCACCCGGCCUACCAGCGGUGGGUCUGGGAGCGCGAGGUCGAGGAGAGCGCGAGGAUCGGCAAGGCGCCCGAGUGGAUCCGCUUCGAGGACGACCACGCCGACGAGGAGAAGCUGCCGAAGGCUGCUGACGGGGAGGCUGGUGUUGAUGACGGAGGCGGCGACGACGACGACAGCAGGUCCAGGACGACGAUCAGCGAGCUCCGCUGCAAGAAGUGCACGCGCGUCCUCGCCAACUCGCGCUUCAUCAUCCCGCACCAGCAGCGGCAGCAAGCUGGUAAGCCCACCAACAAGAACAACACGCCCUGCCCGCACCACUUCAUCGAGCCGCUGUCGUGGAUGCGCGACGUCCUGGAGGAGGGCCUACUGGACGGCCGGCUGAUGUGUCCCGGGAACGGGGGCGGCGGGGGCGGGGCCGGUGGCGGCGCAUCCCGGUGCGGGGCCAACGUCGGCCGGUACGCCUGGCAGGGGUUCAAGUGCAGCUGCGGCGAGUGGGUGUGCCCCGCGUUCUCGCUCCAGGCGAGCAAGGUCGACGAGGUCAGGGUGCCGAAGGGGCAGGGGCAGGGGCAGCAGCAACAAGCAGGAGGUGGUGAGGGCGGUGUUGGGGAUCCUGCUGCCGCCCGGGCUGCGGCGCUGGGGAUCCGGAUGCCGCCUGGGCGGAGGCUGAAUAACCUCUAGAGCGGCCGGGACCUGGCCAGCCGAGAUAACAGCCGGACUACGUGUCGUGGUGAAGGGGGGCGGGGGGCGGGCAGAACGUGAAUAUUACGUUACGUUAAAGGGAGACGGACAGGCGUACAUACGCCCCUGCCUGCCUGACCAGCUUGAUUGCUUGGUCGACCCUCCCCAGGUCCAAGCAGCCGAGCCGAACCAGAGCCCAGGCGAAGAGAAGCAAAACUGCCUACUGUGCUCGCUCGGCCUUGUUGCCAGCCCAGCCCAGCCAGCCAGCCACUCCCAGCCCUGCGAGGCAGAGGCACAGCUCCUCCUCAACCCGUCGGGUCGGGUCGGGGUUGCUUGACGCCCGGGUCCGACCCACACCAGCUGACACCGGCUCACCGAUGAAUCAGCACCUACGUACGUCUCGGCCUUGUCCCUAAACGAUACCGUUGCCAUGGCAGGCAGGUUCCGUCGUGGUGGGUCGGGGGAGCCAACUCACCUCUACUGUACAUACACCAUGCAAGCAAGCAAGCAAGCAAGCAAGCAAGCAAGCAAGCAAGCAAGCAAGCAAUCAGGUCCUAGUUUGUUCAAAGCCUGCCUGUCUGUGCCUGUGCCGCACGCAUGCACGCACGAACGAGCAACCAACAGGGACAGAAGUGCCUUGCCUUGCCUGUUGGUCUCGACGAAUUUUACCUUGGAUGGCAAAAUGGGACACCGAGGACGUGUGUGUGUGUGUAUGUGCUGCUGCCAAGGAACAUGGAGCCUCUUUGUCCCUUCUUUUUUUUUUUUUUUGCUGCCCGCCCCGUCCGGUCGGCGGCCGCCUUGCAUCUUGCAUCAUGUAUGCAUGCAGGCGGGCGUGCAUGCAUGUAGGCGGACGGCAUGCCAGGCUGGUGUGCUUUGGCUGGCUGCGGGGCUGUUUGCAUCAUAUAUGCACGUGCGGUGGGCAGGCAGGGCAGGGAGCAUGGAGACGAGAUGCACGCAUGCGAGCCGAGCACAGAGAGAGAGAGAGAGUCAUGAUGUGAUGCCUGGGGUUGAUACUGUGUCGUACCGGACCCACGAUGCUGCUGCUGCUGGUGGACAUACUGGGCCGCGGGGCAGGGCAGGGCAGGGCGGGCAGGCAGGUCGGUGGGGGUAUGGUGGUAUGGGAGAUGGGGAUCUGGGCUGGCUGCGUGGGCUGGUUAGAUGCACAUACACGGUACUGCGCUGGCUGCUGCGACGUUGGUCGAGCGUGCGCAUGGGUGUACAUAUCGUGUGUGGAUUUAUUACCACACAACCUCCUCCUGGUACGGUAGGUAGUCCGGUAGUAGGUAUUCGUGUAUGUCCACAGACUACCACUACUACUCCGUACCGCGCCCGCGCCGCAUACUCGCAUGGCCAGGUGGCCAGCAAGGUCGGCAGGUCGGCCGGUCGGGCUUUUGUGGUCUCCCUUUCCUGUGCCUGUUGGUCUUACAAGGUUCAAAUGUCU